AUGACUCUCAUCGCUGUAGCUGGAGGUGCGGGUAAGCUCGGCCGUGCCAUUGUCGAAGCAAUUGUCGAACAAGGCCAGCACGAAGUUGUGGUACUGGCUCGAGAAGCAAAAGAUAUCCAAGGAACCCGCAGCAUUGCUGUCGACUACACCGAUAUUGGUAAACUUGCUGGCGUGCUUGAGGCAAACAAUAUCGAGACUGUCAUAUCUACCAUCAAUUCCUUGCAAGAUGUUUCGGCUGAGCUGAACUUGAUUCAAGCCGCCGAGAAAUCAGCACCUACCAAGAGAUAUAUCCCUAGUCUCUGGGGCAUCAAGUACACUCCCGAGAUUGCAUCGUAUUUUCCUAUCGCCCAGGCUAAGCUCAAUCUAAUGUCCGCAUUGGAAGCUACCUCGACACUUGAGCACACUGUCGUGAUCAACGGCUUCUUUGCCGACGGCUGGUUUGCCCCCAAGGUCAAGUCUUAUCAAGACCCAUUAGCCCUUGUCGUCGACAUGCAAAACGACUUUGCUGCCAUUCCUGGAUCUGGCAACGAGCCUGUGGCGUUUACUCACACCUUCGAUAUCGCACGAUUUGUCGCACUACUCGUCGGAGCAUCGACGUGGGAGAAGGAAUCGUACAUUAUCGGGGACAAAGUUUCAUGGAACCAGUUCGUGCAAUACGCCGAGGAAGCCAAAGGCGUCAAGUUCACCGUCAAGAACGAUUCAAUUGAGGAUCUCAAGCAGGGAAAAAUCACAGAGCUACCUUCCCACCAGCAUGUGUAUCCAUUCUUCCCUAAGGAAAUGCUGCAGGGUAUGUUUGCUGCCUUCGAACGCAUGUUUGUUGAGGGGGCCUUUGAUCUCAAGCCUGAGCACACGCUCAACGAGGCCUUCCCCGGGGUGAAGACGCGAAAGAUUAAAGAUCUCCUGUUCGAGGCCUAUGGGCAGUAG